UUGAUUUGAAUUCAAUUUACAAAGUGUCGCGUUCGUUUUAAAGGGUUUUAUUUAGGUUUUGUUCUCAAUUCGUUUUGUAUUAUUUUAUCUGUGAUAUCAUAUCAUAAGUGAAAAUGGCUAAUGUGUUCGGAUUAAUAGUGUCGGGACGAUUGGUGCAGACAGACUUUACGCCCCUGGAGGAAACCCGCUUCCUCAUCACCAUUAAUGACGCAGAUGCCAUUAAUCAUGUGGUUGUAUUCCUCACUGGGCUGGCCCCACUGCCGGCCGGCACAGUGGGCAUGGUCUACUGGAGCUGGCCUGACCCCACGGCGCCUCCCAACUGGCAGCUCCUCGGACACAUAUCUAACACCAAGCCCUCGGCCAUAUUUAAGAUCUCCAACUUGAAGAAACUUCAUGAAUUGACUGAUGAAAACAAGUUUAUGAGUGCAUUUGGGCAGCAGCAAAUCUGUCACAACGCUCAGCUCGGCAUCUCUAUAGAGCCGGAAGCCAACGUGCAGCUCCUGGCAUCGUCCGUGGCUCAACAAACCAAUGGCUACAUCACGUUUGCACAGAAAAUGCUAGAGAACCUAGUGAACUUCGUGGCGUCCUUCUCUGUAACGCAGGAGCAGAUGACCCCCACCCCAGGCGUCUCCUACAUCCCGCUCAACACCUUACACACGUGGUACCAGAACUUUGAGAGGAGACUACAACAGAAUCCCAAUUUCUGGAAAGUCUAGUAGUGUUUGUUGUACUUACGUUAAACUAAUUAUGUUAAGGAUAGUUAAUUUAAUUUUAUUGCAUAUAUGUACUAAGUAAAUAUAAAAAUAACACCAGCCAUGUGUUACCAUGCUCCACAGUUCAGUUUGCAAGACAUUUGAACUAAAAGUUUACUGUUUCAAAUUGCAAUAAGUAUGAAUGCUGGAAAUUUAUAAUAUAGUGUAUAUUAUGUUAUUUGCUUUUACCAUGCUCUGAGUGUUCUUUUUAUAUACAUAAAUAUACUAAAUGGAGUGUGCUCCAUCACCUUGUGUAUUCUGUUGCGAAGUCAUUAUUUGCAUUAUAAAAAAAAACUACUUUACUGCUUACCUUUUUUUUAUUGUAUUGAAAAUUGGAAAGUUCAUAUUAAAAAAAUUGUUAGAAAUUUUUUUUUUAAUUACAUACCAGUCAUGUAUUUGAAAGCAAUAGAAGGAAGAGUGGACACGUCUUUAUCUAGACGAUAAUGAAAAAUUUUUGUUGUAAUAUACAGUAAAAGACUGCUUGUGAAUAUUUUUAAUAAAAUGAAAUCAUAAUGA